GAUUAUCAUGUACAUGUGUACCAGUAUAAUCUGGUAGCACUUGCAUCAUCAUUAUCAGGAACUGGCUCUAGAUCUGCAUAUCAAGUUAUAUUUCAGUAACACUGAUUGAGAAAAUAUUGAAAAUAAAGUAGAAGAUGGAGGCUUUCCUGUGGCCUCUGGUGAUCUUUCAUAUCAUCGUGAGCAUCGUUGGUUUGCCAGGUAACGCUCUCAUCGUUUUGGUGUAUGGAAGGAAACGACAAUUGAUGAGCCCGCAUGUCUUUAUCCUCGCCCUGGCUGUAGCGGAUCUGAUAGUCUGUCUCUUUACCCCCGUCACCGUCUACCAUUGGUACAUCAGACUCAACUACACCAGUGACUUUCUGUGCCGUCUUGUCCUCACUGUGACUUUUAUCACCGUCUACAACUCUUGUUUCUUGACAUCUGCCAUCGCAGUGGACCGAUACCAGGCCAUCUGCCGGCCGCACCGGCGCUGGAUGACCGUUCGGCGCGCCAAAAUCACGGCGGUGCUGUGUCUCGUCCUUGCGGUAGUCUUCGUCUUACCCGUGUUCGCGACUUUCGGUGUCGAGCCCGCAGCCGGGUCACAGACUGGCACAUGCACCUUUAGCACCGAAGCACCGAAAUGGGUCAAAUACCUUAUGUUCACACUUAUCUACACCGCACCCUUUUCCACUCUUGUCAUCAAUACCAUUUUGUACGGGAAGAUCUACUUGGCCAUUCGAAAGCAAGCCGCAGUUCGCCCGGGCCAAGUCGCCUCGAUGGCCAAUCGCAGUCCCGACACUGAUUUGGAUAGACCUACUUCAAACGGCGUCUCGAUGGUGUCCCCUAAUUGCAGACAACCGGCACCUAACAUGGAUGUUCCUUCGACCUCAAAUCAACCAAACACUACCCGUACUUCAGUUGCCACCAGUACGCACAAACAACCACCCAAUAAUAACAACGCACUGUCUACUCCUGGCCCCACCACUGAUGGAGCUCCAGUUGCACCCAAUGGUUCAAACAGAAGACGUCCGAAUGAGGCAGGCAAGUUUCACAACAAGACGACCAAGAUGUUGCUCAUCACUACCCUGGUCUACUUCUCCACCUGGUUCAUUGGCAUCGGCCUUCUGUCUAUACCGGUACAAGCUCAGAACUACAUACACCAAAACGACCCGGUUGGUUCUGCGUUCCUCUAUCUGUUCAGCUUCGUGUUUUAUGUCAAUAAUGCUAUCAAUCCGUUCAUAUACGGUUUUGUCAACAGGCGGUUUGUGCAGGAUUGCAAGAAGACACUUACGGCUCUCCGAUGCAGAAGGAUCUGAGCCAGUGCUUAUUUCAACGAAAAUAUCUUCUUUUAUCCACUUCAAAUGUAAAUAUAGGUACACCAAGUAACUGUAGAGUAAGUAAUUUGAUUAUGUCACUAUACUGCAGCACCAGAAACUCAAUACUUUUUUUUGUUAUUUCUAAGGAAAUAUAAAAUGUUAAGGAAAAGAUGACUUCUUCUGGAAGCUUCUGAGCGAAUAAAACAUUUAAGGAAAUAUAAAGGUGCGAAUGGACAUUGGUAAUAACCUGGAAAGGAACCUACUGAUUUAAUGAGAAUUAAUGUAUUGAAUUGAAAAAAAAAAUUACAAAUGACAAUGUUUUUGAACACUGCAAGGAGUUACGUCAACAAAAACCGGCUGAAUCAGAAUCGUGUCCCGAGUGUUGAUUUAUGGAUUGUUCACCAGAUGGUAUGAUUCAAAAGAUGAAACAUUGGAUUUAUUGGAAGCGCUAGCAACGGCACCAUCCACUUACAAGACUAAAACAAAAUGCAAAUGUGUUCUCCCUGUUGUCUCAAGGUGUCUAGUAUUCACUGAACUGAAACUUCAACAAGGUUUUAAGCAAUUUGUUUUGCUUAAAAUAAAGAAAAAUGCAACGAAUGCAAAUGAUAUUGUGUCGCUUCAAGGGAAUAUCCUGUAUUCAAAGAAAUGUUAAAGAAACUUUCAGAAUUUUAUUUUAU